AUGGCAUUUUCUUUAAGAGCUGGUACUAAUUGGUGUCAUGAUUUUCCUAAGCUCGCUAGAGAGUCAGGAUUUUAUUUUAAUGUCCAUCGUAAUAAAGUUAGAGUUGAUUGGAAUCGGAUAGGUUCUAUAGACAUAGACCGGCUGAUACGUGAGCGAGAUUUUUCAACAAUAGACGAGAACAUAAAUAACGUAGUAGACUACAAUUUAGAAAGCGAGUAUGACAUAAAAAUCCUUGAUCCAAAUUUUGUAAAAUUAUUCCGACUUGCCCAAUUGUCCGUCGAGUACUUACUUUACUGCAAGCAGUACCUAGACCACAGUGUAAUAAUUUUAAAAGACGAGCUGCGUUUGAAGCUAGAAGACAACGUGAAAUUAAAGAAAAAUUUAGCAGCCGCAGAAGAGUCUGUAAAAGAAUUGAAAGAAAAAUUGCGUGAAAAUUACAAAUUAUUCGAGAAGACAUUAACAGACUCUCGAGGAGAAGUUCACAAGUGUCCUUAUUGCCCGAAAUCUUUUAAGUCUGCUAUUUUUACUAAUUUACAUAUCAACAGGCGGCAUUCAAACUCACCACAGGUGUCUAUUUUAUCUCCAGUACACGAUCAAUACAAAGCAGAAACCGAGAAGCUUCACAAUGAAAUUAAAACACUCAAAGAAAGACUCAACCAGACUGAGCGAAUUGUCAGAAAUGAAUCCAGUAAAUUGUAUGAGAGUAUCGAGCAGCGGGACCGAGAUAUUUAUGAAAAAAAUAACAAUCAGGAUAAGAUAGAAGAAGAACACCGUAAAUACCGGGAAGAAAUAAGCAACUUAACUUCCAUGUUAUUCAGCGAAAUAAAAAAUCUUAAAAUAGAUGAUAAGAAAUCUCAAGUGGAUGAGACCGAAAAAUUUAAGCGAUUGCUCAAGAGCCAAGAGGAUGAGUUGACGAAAUUACGCGAUCAAGUGCAAGAGCUCUCACUUGAUAAAUCCAAGCCUGAUAUUGAAAGUAUACAGAUAAAAUUAAAGGCUCAGGAAGAGUACUGGCAAGCGAAGCUAAAUCAAUUGGAGGAUCAGCACGCUAAAGAUAUCCAGAAGUUAUCUAAUCAGUUACAAAUUACGCAAGAUUCUACAAUGUUGAUUAGAGAUGAUUAUGUAAGUAAGAUAAGAGAUCUUGAAGAGCGAUCUUUAGACAGUGGAAGGUGGAUUAGUCCGAAGAUUUCGCCUGCGCGUCGUAGAAGAAGAGCUGAGAAUUUUGUUACUAGUUUGGUGGAACGAGAAAGACCCUCUGAGUUUAAUAAAUUAAAUGAGGUUGAUAGAACUGAUAGCGAUGAGUCGGUAAAUAAAUUAAAAAAAAUACUUGUUACUUCUGCUGAGGUUCAUAAUGUUUCUCAGCAGAAAGUAGUAGGUUUUAAAAAUGAUACUGUUUUGGGGAAAGGAGGUAAAGAAAUUAAUUUUAAUUCUUGGACUGUAAAAGAUGUUGAUAUUAAGAAGCUGGAUCUAAAAAAUGAUGUUAAUAUUAAGAAGCUGGACCAAAGAAAUGAUGUUGAUAUUAAGAAACUGGACCAAAGUAUUGAGAAAAAAUUUAAUGUUAAAGAUAGUUUUAAGCCAAUUGCAAGUUGUAUUAAAGAAGAAAAAAAUAGAAUGGAUAUUUCGAGUGAAAGUGAGUCUGAGUCAGGAACUAGUUUGGAGUCUGCAAGCUUGAGAAGUGAAUCUGGGUCUGAGACUGGGUCUGAGAGUGAAUCUGAAGACGAAAAAACAGAGUCUGAAGAAAAAAUUCCUGUAAAAAAUUUAAAAGCCGAAGAUGAUAAAACCAAAAAAGAUAUCAAAAGAAAAGUUUGGGAAGAUUUUGAGCAGAAAUUAAGAGACCUGGGGAUUGAUCCAGACUGCGAUGAGAUCUCAGAAGAGAUUUAUAAGCGAUCGAUGGAGAUGGUGAAGCACCACCGUAAUCUCUCCGCGAGAAAGUUUGGAAAGUUUGAAGAAAUACGACGAAAAAUUCUCAACCAGCUGCAUGAUAAAUUUCCUAGGAAUGAAGUUAGAAAAUCUCCGCUUAGAAAACUUGUCAGCAGUGUUAAGUCGCGGGCUGUUAAAGCUUUUAGCAAUCCUAGUCAAGCACCUAGUCAGGAACAUGUUCCUAAAUUGAAGGCUAAAGUGAUGAGUCCUGAAAGAAGCGUGAGUAAUAAGUUUAAUAUGGAGCUGCUGCCUAAGAAGAUCAGCCAGCAGGAGUUACCAGUGAGGAGAGCAAGCAGGGAUGGUAAUCCAAUGUCGCCUGGGCAUGAAAGGUACACACCUAGUCCUAGUAAGAAUAAUGCAAAGCCUUUUAGUCCAGAGCCAAUUGUUGAUACUAAAUUGUCGCACUCUUAUGAGAGUAUUAAAGAUUAUAUGAGAGACUUUGGGAAGAAAUCCUCACCUGGUUCUGCUUCUGCUUCUGGUUCUCCUUUGAGGUCUCCGUACUUGAGCAAGGUUCUAGCAACCUCGACACCGCACAGAGCUGAGAUAAAUGUACUUCCUAGUCAUCGCGCUUCUGUGUCUGAUUUGUCUAGUCCUGUUGCGAAAUUACGGGAGUUUAGUUUACCCAGCUCGCCUAAGAACAGCAAGAGUGUUCUGAAAACUGCCAGUGGGUCCACUGGGAGCUUGGUUAAGAAGAAAGUUCUGUUUGAUCUUGAACCGAUGACAGACACUUCGGAGAAGAUUGACAAGCUUGAGACAAAUGGAGUUAUUUCUUCUUCUAAAAAUAAAGUUAGUAAUGAAGAUGAUGACAGUGAGAGUGAUUAUGAAAUUUCGAGUAUUUCGGAAGAAAAAUCGGACUCUAAAAUACUUGAGCCAGUUAAUAAUUCUAGUAUUGUUUUAAAAACGUCCCAGAGCGAAAAAAUAGCUCAGAUUUCAAGGAAAAUAGAAUCUCAGUUGAGUUUAACGAGACACAAACCUGCUGGGGCAGUAGAAGCUAUGUUCAAAGGUUUUAAUCUUCAUGAUGAAGAUGAUGAUGAUGGGUCUUUGGCUGGAUUCUCGGUGGAUAGAAACAAUGUUAAUGUACAAAGUUUUAAUAAGGUGAUUAAACUUCCGCAACCUACUCCACGGACUCAAAGAAUUCGUGUGAGUUCGCCUGAUAAAUCUGCUGAGAAAGAUUUUAAUUUAGAUAAUGAUAUUGAUGAAAUACUUAAUUUAGAUUAA